AUGGCAUUCUCAUCUCUAAAAAAUCCACCAUUACUGGUUUCUGUCUUGAUAAUAUGGAGCAAAGAGUAAGUAAAGUCAGAAAGAACUAUCAGGAACCUAGUAUUCAGAAAUGUAGGACGUUGGUUAUGAGUUUUGAACCUGAGGCUGCCAACAGAAAUUGUAAAGUCACAAGGAGCAGCAGAUUUCAGAGAAAUAAUAAUAAACUUGAAUUGAGACAUUUGAAAUUUGAGGUAUUUGUAGUCACAUAAUAUUUUUACCUAUCUUAUAAAGUUAUAUCACUGUGUAACUUUUUGACUUCAACUCCAUAAUGCUUUCCAAAUGAAUUUGUUUUAUAAAUAAAUUGUCUUGUUUUAGAUUUGGCUUCUAAUUCUCUUAACAAGGAGAUUAAGGAUUUUCUGGCAGAAGUAGUUUCAUUCUUGAGCAUCUCAUUGAGAGGCAGCUAUUUUGCCAGUUAAACUUUUUUCAGGAAAUGGUAAUAAUUGAGGCCUAUAUGUUUAUUUGUUUGAAUUUUCUUUUCCUUUUUUUUUCAUUUUCCAGCAACACAAGCAAAUGAGCUACCUUCUCAUCUGCAUUAUUCUAAUCUGAUAUUGAUUUUUACCUUUUUUAAAUUAGUUAGUAGUCUGAUUGAAUACAGAUAGCUGAUCCUAAUAUUACAUCCACAUCAUUUUCUGGACACUUUCAUUUUUUGCUGUGUUAUUCAGUAUUAAAAGUUCUGCUGGGAAAUAUUAUAUGGAUGCCCUAUGGUACAGUGGAAAGUAUUGAUUUGAGGCCAGAGAACCUGUAUUCAAAAUCCACUUCUGCCAGUCCUUGUGUGACCUUGGUAAAGUUAACUUGAUAUCCACAGGCCUCAUUUCCCCCAAUUGUAAAUUUAUGGGGUUGAACUAGAUGAUGUCUGAGUUCCUUUCAGUUCUGUGUGUGCUUCUCUGAUUAAAUCUGUAGGCAUAUCUCAUGGAAAAGAUUUAUGAAUCUUUACUAUCCUUAUCACACCCAAAGUUCACAAAUACAUGCACCCAUUCUGUACCUUUUAAUAAUCCUAUUCAUCUACCAGUACCAAUCUCAAGUGGCUUCAUUUCCCCAUCAGAAAUGAUAGAUUCCAUGGGGGCAGCUGGGUAGCCCAGUGGAUUGAGAGUCAGGCCCAGAGCCGGGAGGUCCUAGGUUCAAAUCUGGCCUCAGACACUUCCCAGUUGUGUGACCCUGUGCAAGUCGCUUGACUCCCAUUGCCUAGCCCUUACCACUCUUCUGCCUUGGAGCCAAUACACAGUAUUGACUCCAAGAUGGAAGGUAAGGGUUUAAAAAAAGAAAGAAAGAAAUGAUCAAUUCCUCAUCAGAGUUUUCUGUAUACUUAUCAUGUUUCUAUUUGUAUAUGUGUACAGGCUCCCCAAUGUGCUGUAAUUACCUUAAAAAAUAGGACAUGUAGUUUCCCUCAACUAUAAAUGGGGUAGUAACAGUAACUAUCUCCCAGGGUUAUUGUGAGGAUCAAAUGGGAUAAUACUUGUAAAGCAUUUAGUUAACAGAAUACCUGUCACAUAGUAGGCACUGUACAAGUGUUGGCUAUUGUUAUUUUAAUUAUUAUUUAAAUAUUAAUAUGAUAACAUAAUAUAGUCUGACUGAUUCCCAUAGUUCUUUAAAAUUUAUACCACAUUGUUCUUACAACUUUAAAACAUGUAAUAUGAAUAUCAUCAUCUCUGUUUUAUAUUAUAGAUAAGGAAAUUAAGGCUGUGAGAAUUUAAGCUGACUUACCCAUUUUUACACUCUAAUAAGUGGUGCAGCCAAAAUACAUCCAGGUUUCUUUGAUGUCAAGCUCUGAGGUAUUUCCAUUCAUUUUCUGUUACAGACUGCAUACUCAUCAAUGCUAAACACAAGUCCUCCAUUAUACAGUGUAGAUCUUUAAUAAAUUUGUGAAUUUGAAAUGCUUGUUUACUUAUAUUAAAUCUGUUAAUUAAUUCACUUAAAUCAUCUUCUAAACAGAAUACUGAGCAAAGUAAGCUUUGUCUAGAUUGCUAUGUUUUAAGCACACUAUGUUAAUCACAUUCAUUUAGUCAGAUGAAGGGAGCCAGUUAAUGGGGAUGAAGAAAGGAAUCAUAUAUUGAAUAGAAAACUAGACUAGUCGUUUCCAUGUCACUGGCUCCCUCUUAGUUGGAAUUUUUGGUGUAACCAUAAAAUUAUGAAACUUAAAUGAACUUGGGGGCUUCUUUCCUGAUUAGACAAAUGUCGUUUCCCAAAUGAGUUUAAUCACAAAGUAAAUGGUAGCUUUUCAUAUUUCAAAAACAAACACUAACAGAAGAUAAAUAGAAUGAGGGAAGCAAAUGAAAAAUCAUAAUUGAGACAUGUUACAUGUAUAGCGUCAGCUAAGCCUACAGACAUGUUGACAUAUUCAGAAACUGCUCUUAUUUGCUUCCUUCUCUAACAAUUUUGCAUAGACCCAAAUUUAAUGGGAUAAGAAUUCAGAAAAGUAUAAACUACCAAAAAUUGGCAUUUCUGACCUAAAAGUGAUAAUCAUUUAUUUUUAUCAUUACCAAUUUCAUUUUGUUCAUCUUACUCAAAAGCAAAAGUAAAAUAGAACAGUUGCCUUCUGAAACUUCCUCUAAUUCUCCAACCAGAUUGGAGAUAGAUAUGGGUGCAUUCAUUUCCCUACUUUGUGAGGUCCCUAUUUGCUAGAGUAAGACUUUUAGCAAAAUGAAGGAAGCUUGAAAGCAUUGAUAUUGUGUAUAACAUUGCCAUUUUCUUCAAUAUAUCUAAGUUCAAGUCUGAGUACUUAGUGGUUCUUUCUUAGUGAAUUUGUAGUCCUCAUUUUUUCAGAAGAGGUAAAGUGUUUUGUUAUACCGCUGCCAAAAAAAAUUUGUGUUUUUUUUCUUUUUUGCUGUUGACUCACAAAUUAUUUUGACCCUCUCUUAACAUUUAUUAGUUAAUACUAAGUGAAAAUGAAUAAGCAACAUUGUGUUGAAUUUUUGGCCUCAGAACUCGCGCUGCUUAAAUUGUGGUCUUUUGGUUGCCAUGCACUGCUAAAAUGCUUUUCAUUUUUGACAUGUUGCUUUUUAUUUUCCCUGGGAAAAUGCAGUAAGUGAGCAGGAAUUUCCUUUCUUCAAUACUGCUUCUUUUGGCAGUGUUUUUUGGUCUGAUUCUGAAGACAAUGUCAUGAUAAGGACCUUCUCACAAUCUCAAUGUUGCUCUGCUUUGAUAUAUCUGGAGAAAGGAGAGAAUUCCAAAGGCCUUUCUUUGUAGGAAUCCUUUCCGAAUAGGCUGAAACCAUAGCUUCAAAAGCUGCUCUUUAGGCUACAGUUUCCUUCUUGUCAACUCCCUUUCCCCACUCCCGCCCCCCAUUCUGUCUGGAAAGCAAGAAACACCUCUCAGCUGGUGCAUUAAAAUGCACUGAAGGAUGCCAGGAUAUAUGCGCCUGCGUUUUCCUCUCCUUCCUCUUACCCUCCUUCCUCUUCCAACCCUCUCCCCCCACCCCCGUUGCCCCUCCCCCUCAGUAUUCCCCUUCUUGGUGUCUCAGUUCUGCAGUAAAGGAGACUGAAGCACAUUCCAGCUUUGCAGGGCUUGCUGACUGAGGAUGUGUUGUGGCUUUUGUUUGGAUCGAAACAUAUGGAAAUUGCAGCUGCUCAGAGGAGACACAUUACAACUCCUGCUGAAGCCUCUAGCCUUCCUCCCUUCUCUUCUGCCCCUUUCCCCUACCCUCACUUGACUUGAAGAAAGUAUCUCUGAGGUUGGCCUCAUCCCUGGUGCUAUGUACACAGUGAAGUUGCCACUAUGGCCAUUACCAGGACUGGCCACACAACUGCUGUGGGCUUUGGAUGCCACAAGGAAGGUAUAGAGCAGUCACAUUUAAAAGGGAAUUGCACUGCAAGAAACGCACAAGGAGGGCAGCACCCGGAGUAAGUGGAUCAAGGCUCCUCUGGUGUCAGCCCCCACUCAGCCCAUGACAGUGACAGCAGCUAUGCCCCCGAGAAGCCGAAGCAUGAAGUGAAGACACUGUUGCAGCCCUCAAGAUGAACUCCACCUUGGAGGGUAAUCAGAGCAGCUACCCCUUUUGCCUUCUGGCAGUUAACUAUUUGGAGACUAUAAAUUUUUGCCUCUUGGAAGUAAUGAUCAUUGUUUUUUUAACUGUGCUGAUCAUUUCAGGCAAUAUCAUUGUGAUUUUUGUUUUUCAUUGUGCACCUUUAUUAAACCACCAUACUACAAGUUAUUUUAUCCAGACAAUGGCAUAUGCUGACCUCUUGGUUGGAGUGAGCUGCCUGGUCCCUUCCUUAUCACUACUCCAUUAUCCCCUUCCAUUGGAGGAAUCUUUAACCUGUCAAAUCUUUGGCUAUGUGGUGUCAGUGCUGAAGAGUGUGUCUAUGGCUUCUCUGGCCUGCAUCAGUAUUGAUAGGUACAUAGCAAUCACCAAACCUUUGACCUAUAAUACAUUAGUCACACCCUGGAGACUCCGAAUUUGUAUUUUGGUGAUUUGCCUCUAUUCUGCCCUGGUUUUCCUGCCUUCCUUCUUCCACUGGGGUAAACCUGGAUAUCAUGGAGAUGUGUUUCAGUGGUGUGCAGAAUACUGGUCCACUGACCCUUAUUUCACCUUCUUCAUUGUGAUGAUGCUCUAUGCCCCUGCAGCUUUCAUUGUGUGCUUUACCUACUUCAACAUUUUCCGCAUUUGCCAGCAACACACCAAGGAAAUUAGUGAAAGGCGGGCACGUUUCAGUAGCCAGAGUGGAGAAGCUGGGGAGGUACAAUCCUACCCAGAUAAGCGCUAUGCCAUGGUCCUGUUCCGCAUCACCAGUGUCUUCUAUAUCCUCUGGCUGCCAUACAUCAUUUACUUCUUGCUAGAGAGCUCAGCUGGUUUCAGCAACCGCACCGCAUCCUUCUUGACAACCUGGCUUGCCAUUAGUAACAGCUUCUGCAACUGUGUCAUUUACAGUCUCUCCAAUAGCGUUUUCCAAAAGGGGCUGAAGAGGCUCUCUGGGGCUGUGUGUGCCUCCUGCGUAAGGCCAAAAACAGCCAAGGACCCUUAUCCUUCUAAAAGCAAAGGACCCUCUAAUGGAUGCCAUGUCUGAAAUGGCUUUCAGCAUGUCUGUGUUCCUGGGUGUUUUUCUUUCCAAGUAUUUUUUAGUCAAUUAGGAAAUUUGGAACAAAAAUAAUAUCAAGUGAAUAAAAUCAAAAUUAAAAAGAAAAACCAUCCGUGUUUGGAAGAAGAUUUAUCUGAGCAGUUGUUUUAGGGCCAUAAGAAUUAAAACAAGGAACAAAAAAAUUGAAUACAAUUUCUGAAAUGUCAAUGAAAUUAUUUUGGUUCUCAAACAAAUUAUGCAUCUUUCUGCAGCUGGCAUGACUGCAUCUGUUAGCUUCAUCAUCAAAGAAGAUUCUUCAUUUUGUGCAGCUUUAUUGUAUUUACCACCUAUUUGUGUUAGGUGUGUAAAUGAUGUCUAUGGCCAGGGAAUGCCUGACUGUGACGGUGAAUCCUAAUGUUUGCCAGAAUAUAACUUUACUGCAAGUUUCAACACUGUCAGUUGGGCCAGGGUGGGAGAGUGGCAUAUUUUAUGAUUUCUCUUUCCCCUGAAUAAGAGCUCUCCACAGGCUGAAUAAUGUGAACCUUUGAACAUUAACUUUAAAAAUUUGCAAUGAGCCAUGCAAUAAUCAUGUAAUCAAAUCAUGAGGUUGAUAGAAAACUGAGCUAGCCUCAGUGCUGUGCCCUGCUUCACAACUCUGUAAAGAACCAUUGUGCUGGGAUGUGAUUUAAUUUACAGGGUUUGGCGUGUGUGUGUGUGUGUGUGUGUGCAUGCAUGUGUGUGUGUGCAUGUGCACCCACACUGUGAAUGUUUUAAUUCAGCCAGAUUUUUCUGUUACAAUAAAAUGUAUUUUAAUAAGCUAAGAAAUAAUUACCUUUCAUGAGAUAAUAAUUGUGCCUGCAGUUUUGCUCGUAUUGACAAGUUGAACAAAUGUGUUGUUAAAAUCUUAUCAGAAAUCAUAUUUAUUCUGCUCAUUUUAUCCAGAGAUGUUUAAGACCUUAUCUACUGACACUUCAGGGGAAAGGACAAAAGACUGAGAGAAAGAAGAUAUUUUCUAAGAUUAUAGAGUUAAAAUGAACUGAAAGCAUUUAUUUGAGGCUUUUUUUAAAGGCAUGAUUAGAUGGAAUCAGUUGAUUCCACUACAACAGCAGCCAGUUCAUUUUUGGAAAUGCCUCUAGUCUGUUGCUAGUUAAAUAAUACCAUUAAUGUCCAUUUUGAGAAUAUGAUUUUAAGGAAUCUUCAUUUCAGGAAAAAUGAGGAAUUGGAACUAAGCAAGGGCUGUCUUGCUUUUCUACUUGCUUACUGAGGAGAAAUCUUUUGAGGGGGUCCUUAUUCCUUUAAAAACUGUCCUUUUAACCAGAGUGAAUAUUAACAGAAACUAUUUAAUUCUACAGACAUACUCUUCUAGAGGAUGAAGGUCUGAUGGUUUGUUUUUUUAAACAUAGUUAUUUUAUGAAUAUGGUAUUUAAUGUAUUCAUGGUUUCAUCAUAAAGGGUACUUCCUUCAUUUACAGCAACUCCUUUACUUUUUAGUUUUCAUGAGUUACCCUAGUUGAAAACAUUUAGAUUUAUUGUGACCAGCCUUCUGUUUAUUAGUCCUUUUGCAGUUAGCUGUGCUGGUUUCUUAGGCAGCAGACACAGUCUGUCAUCAACCUCAUUCUUAGUAGGGCUUCCUAGAGCUUUUGCUCUGCUGAUAUACUCUUUGAAAACUCAGGACCAUCUCCACACUUCAUUUCAGCAUCAGAAAAGGCUUUUAAUAGAGGAAUAGACACACAUCAGAGGCUAAACAUUCCCUAAGAGUUAAGUGCUUUGCAAUACUUAUUUUAUUUUUUCAGGGGAAGUCUUCAUAGAAGUAGUCUAAUAUCUUCCAUUUGAGUAGACAUAGUAUGAAUAAUAAUAACAGCAACUCUAUAGUAUUUUUCUGUGAAAUCACUUUUGAAAUGCUUUACUAUUGAAGUAUUUUCCUCAAAACCAUCCUGUGAAAGAUCAGUAAUAUGAAUAUUAUUCCAAUUUUACAGAUGAGACAACUGAAGCUCAGAAACAUAAAGUGGCCUGCCCAUAGCCACUUACAAUCAGAAAGCCAGUAUGUGUCAGAUCUAGGACACAAACUUAGUUCUUCUGACUUUAAGUCUUAUGAUUCUUCUAGUAUCAUAGUGCCCUCUACCUGUAUUAUGUUCAAUGUCAUGAAAAACGAAAACAAGGAGAAUACAAUAGACAUCCGAGUCAUUUUAUAGCUCUUAAGAAAGGACAGUGGUAUACUUUUAAAUUAUGUAAACAAGCUUUCAAAAUUUUAUAUCAGUACCCUUAGAGCCUCUGGAAGAAUAGCAUAUUUAUGUUUAUAGGACUUUUUUGUGGCUUUAACUUUACACACACACACACACACACACACACACACACACACACACACACACACACACGUGUUCUAAUAUACAGUCUGUGCUAUGCUAUUACACAAAGUUGAUUCUUAGAUGGAGUAUUUAUCAAAACCCAAACACUUCCAUUCUUUGUUCUCCAUGCUAGCUUGCUUGCUAUUUAUUCUUAAUCUGAUUUUGAGCUUCUUUGUAAUUCAAAACUUGUCCUGAAAUCAUAUGUUGUAUUGAAAAUAACCAUAUGACAUCAUCACUAAGUAGAACCUACCACCACCUUUUCUUACCAUCUAAAACAGUGUUAUUAUAUUGUACCAUUAUCACUCUUCAUUAUUAAGAGGUAAAAGCCCCAGAGGUUGAACAACCACUAUCCUUUGCCCAUGUGUCAUAAAUGCAAUUUAUUCAUAUUUGUGUAUAAUAUGUGAAAUUUACAUUAGUAAAUUUUGGAGUCUUGAAAUAGCCAAUUUUUUGCAAAUAGAUUUCAGAACAGAUGAUAGGUUGAUUUAAUGUUUAUAAUUCUCAAGACCUGUAACUCUUUUCUGCCAGAAAUGAUUCUUAUGCGAAGAUUAAAUUCCAUUUAAUUGAACAAACAUUUAUUAUUAAGCCCUUAAUAUGUAAAGGACACUGUACUUAUAAAACUAAGAGAGACCAAGUUUAGAUAAUUUGCAAAGUCCCUUCCCUUGCAAAGCUUUCAGUUAAAUAAAGGCAUAUGAUAUGCCAAUAGGUUCAGUAGCCAGAAGGGCCUAUAAAGAACACUUGUCCAUUCCCCUCUUUUUUAUAGAUGAGGAAACUAAGGCCUAGACAUAAAAAAUGGCUUGCCCAUGAUCAUGUUGGUGGGAAAUGGCAGGACUUGGACCCCAAGUCUUGAAUCUUCUUAUUCUAAAUCCAAUGUUUUGGAUUAUAUAUAUAUAUAUAUAUAUACAUACACACAUAUACAUAUAUAUAUACACACACCACACUGGUAAGAAUAAUGCAAAAUAGUUCAUAAUGAGUAGAUGAGUGAAGUUUAAAAACAAACAUCUUUAUGAUGUGUAAGAUUGAGAAAGGUCAUUAUUUUUUUUAAACUCUUACCUUCUGUUUUAGAAUGAAUACUGUGUAUUGGUUCCAAGGCAGAAGAGCAGUAAGGGCUAGGCAAUGGGGGUUAAGUAAGAUGCCCAGGGUCACACAGCUAAGAAGUGUCUAAGGUCAGGUUUGAACCCAGGACCUCCUGUCUCUAAGAAUGGCUCUCAAUCCACUGAACCACCAUGCUGCCCCACAAAAGGUCAUUAUUGAUGGAAGGAAAUAAAAGGCUUUAUGAGACCAGUGGGUAACACUUGAGUUGGACUUUAAUGGAUAGAUGGGAAUUCAACAAAUGGGCUUGAGAAAGGGGAGAAUAAAGCCUUUCUGGAAUUUGGAAUAACAUAUAAGCAAAGACACAGAGAAAGAAUGGCUCUAAUCAUUUUGAAUAGAGCAUGAAUAAUAUAGAGAGGAGUAGGAUGAAAUAAGGAUGAACUGUGAAGGCCCUUGAAUGUCAGAUUAACCAAUUUGAGGGUUUGAAUAGUUUGAGUAAAGGAGACAUAGCACUAGAUGGUUAAGGAAAAUAAUAUCUAGCUUUUAAUGAGAAGAGUGGAUUGUUAAGGGAGACUGUGGAUAGGAAAAGCUAUUAGGAAGCUACUGCAGUACUCCAGACAGAUGGCAAGAGGAUCUGUAUUAGCAGUGGGAGAUGGAUAAAAAAGAUACUGUGGAGGAAUGUGUUUAUAAACAUUAAGUUCCUAGUAAUGUCUGAAUAAGCUGCUGUCCUCUUAAUGACCAAUAAGAAGCUGUUGCUUUUAUAAGUUUCUUUCAGUUAAUACAUUAACAACAGAUGUUUCUUAUAGUGCCAAAUUCGUAUUCUGUCAGAGGUAUUUUUUAUGUAAAACUAUCAGUUAGAAAGAGGAAAUUGAGCCAAAUGAAGAAUUUUAAAGAAUUUAUUUGUUAAUGUUUCAUGCAGUCAGUGCCACCUAUAUCCAUGGAUGUCUAAAAUUCCUUCCACUUCUGCAAUUACAAUAUUUAUCAUAUGCCACUUAUUCCUUUUCUUUGAGGAAGACAGUCUUCCUUGCUUGUGAGAAGUCUUAUCUUUUGGGGUAUUCUUUCUUUUCUAUUUUUUAAAGUGUCUUUAUUUGAUGUCAGUUUGGUAAUGUGCAUCUCAAAUACCAAACUGCCUAGUUCUGAAUGAAUAUACUUAUAUAUAUUUAGACACAAUUACCUUACAUUCUGACUGUACACCUCAUUUAACUUUUUAUAGUAUGUUGCUGCUAGAUCUCAGAAGAAGCGUUCUCUGUUUUUGGUGAUUUGGCAACACUGACAUAACAGCAAAUUCUUCCAUAGCGCAUUUGGAAAUAAGGUUAUUUUGAUUUUCAUAUUUAAAAAUUAUUUCUAGCAGUUAUUUCUAAUGGUAUUAUUAAAGUUCAGCCUUAAUUCUUUGAUAGCAGUGGCAGAUGACAGUGAUUAGUAAAGGUCAUAUGUUCCGCUAAAUUGCUUUCCUGAGAAGGGUCAUCAACCAUAUUAAAAAGAAUGGACAUUUGAGAGCAUUUUUAAUGAAAUUAUUGACUAUGAUUCAAAACCCCAUCUGUGAAAAAUGUUUCUCUAGGUUUUUUUGCCGAGCAUAUGUAAAAAUAGUUGAUUUGAGUAAUAUUCAUUAAAUUACUAGCACCAAAGCUUGAAUUUUCACAUUAGAAAUGUGGCUCUGAAAUUAGAAGUGUGUUCUCUGGCUUUGAAGUUGAAAAAUGAGGACCUCAUGUAAGGUUGGAAUUAGCAAAGUUAAUCCUUGUUAAGAGAAUGCUUCCUACCUUUCAGAUUAGGCAAAAGAUUUUUGGCUUUCUCUUUAGAUAAUUCUCCCCAUUCCUCAUUAAAAAAAAAAGGCAAUAUAGAUCGACUAGGGAAGAGAAUUUUUAGUUUAUGUGACUGUGUUUUCAUUCUAAAAAUUACAAAUUAACUUUGAAAUAGAGAUGCAUUGCUAUAUCCAAAGAUUUAAGAGAACUUGAAGAUAACUCUAGUAAGAAACCUUUCUUAAUUUAGAAUUUUGAAAAUCUUUAUCUGAAUCAUUAUCAUCUAAGGGGAUUUUUGCACAUUUUAUGAUUUCAGAUAACAUAAAGAGAAAAAUUAAUUAUGCUUUUAAAAACAAAAAUAAUUACUCCCUAUAUUUAGAUCAACUUACUCCAAGAUACAAAAAAUUUAAAUGCUUACUUUACCCAAGGCCAUUUGUACAAUACAAGGUAUAUAAAGUAGAGACUACAAAAUGACUGCUCUCAAGGAAGGAAAAGGCAUAUAUAAUGCAUAGGAGUGCAGUAAGUAUAGAGGAAAGGUACAGGUUAAUUGCUAUUUGAAAUGUAAGAGGAAUAGAAUAGUUUGAACUUAAGAAUCACAAAAGGCUCCUUUCCUUGUUUGUCCUGGAAGGGGUGGGAAGAACUGAAACAAAAUGGAGGUAGCCAUAGAUUCCAGAUGAAAAGUAAAGACAGAGAAAUGAAAGAAAAGAGUAGAGUGGAGAGUGGUCUACUGUGGAUAAACUUAAGCAGAUAUAAGGGCCUACUGUUAUAUAACACUAAAUAGGCAAGUUGGAACAAGAUUAUAACCUUGAAUGCCAGAAUCUGUAAUUUAGAUUUUAAUUGGUAGGAAGUCACAGAAAAUCUCUAAGUAGAAAAGUAAAACUGACAUCAGAUUUGUAAACACUUCACUUUGCUUUUCUACACAGUUAGAUAAGAGGUAGGUCAAUAUUCCUGCCUUAGCAUAGAGUAACUAGAGAUAGCAUAAUAUAAUGGAAAGAACACUGGAUUCAGAUUCAGAAGAUCCAGGUUCAAAUCCCAGUUCUGUCAUUACUGCCUACCUAGUGUUGGGCAAGUUAAUUUCUCCUAACUUCAGUUUCCUUGUGUAUAAAAUUAUGGGUUUGGAACAAUCAUCUUUAAAAUAAUAUUGUGACUCUAGGACAUGAAAAUCUCAUUUUCAGAACCCAUUGUUAGAUUGCUUCCCUUUACCACCCCUAUUUAGCAAGCUGAGAAAGGUAGGAAAGGUCAAUAAAUUUCUUCUUUCAUUUGAAAAUAACAUUUAUAUUUGCUUCUUUCUGUAUGGGCCACAUUUUUUCUCCCAUCACUCACUUUUCUUCAGGGUAGCUGCAGCUAUCAUAUUGCUAGUGGGGAUAGGACACUACUAGAAGCGAGGCAAGCAGAGACCAUAGCUAACCAGGACACAACAUGGUUAAGAAAAUGUGGAGGGGGUGGGGUGGGGGUGGGAUAAUAUGAGAGCUUUCAAAUAUUCCUUUUUUCUGGACAGUUUCAUGCUGAACAACACAUGAGUGCUUUAUCUUAGAGAAGUGGAGAUCUGUAUACUCCAAGAAUAUUACAGUAAAGGUUUGAAUCUGCCAGCUGAGAAUAACACCUAAGCAACAAGAAUUUUUAAGUACACAGAAGGGCACAAUUUUCAGAUCUUGCUUAGGGGUGCACAAGUGACUUCUCUAGUUCAAGAAUGGCAUGGAUUCUUUAGGGAUUGCCCAGUGAUACACAAGGAAUCUUCUAGGUCAUCUUUAGUUUGGUCUUCAAUAUAAGAGAUGAUGUAGUAUAAUAGAAAGUAAAGAAUUUUAAAUAUGUAAAUCAAUAAACAUUUAUUAAGCAACUACUAUGUGCCAGCCACUACAGUAAAUGCUAGGGAUAUAGAAAAAGAUAAAAGACAGUCCCUGAGCUCAAAGAGCUUACAAACUAAUGAGGGAGGCAUGAAAAUAUUUACCAAAAAAGUUCCAUAAAGGAUAAAUAGAAGAUAAUUAGCAGAAGGGAGGCGCUAAAAUUAAGAGAAGUUGGGGAAGGCUUCCAGUAAAAGAUGGGGAUUUUAGUUAAUACUUAAAGUAAGCCAGGGAGGUCAGUAGUUGGGUACUGAAGGAGGAGGAGGAGGAUUCUUUAUUUCAUGUUUGGGGAUAGCAAGAUAUCCAGAAUUAAGAGACUUUGAACAGCCUGAAAGCUAGUGUUACAGGAUCAAAGAGUAUGUGGUGGGGAGUAAGGUAUAAGAAGUCUAAAAAGGUAGGAGGAAGCUAGGUUAUGAAGGGCUUUGAAUGUCAACAAAGUAUUUUGUAAUUGCUCUUAGAGGCAAUAAGAAGCCACUUUAGUUUAUUGAGCAGGAGUAUACUAUGGCCAGAUUUGCACUUUAGGAAAAUCACUUUAGAGGUUGAAUGGAAGAUCAAUUGGGAUGGGGAGAAACUUGAGGCAGGCAGACCCACCAGUAGACUAUUGUAAUAAUCCUGGGGCAAAACAAUGAGAGCACAUACUAGCAUGGUGACAGUAUCAGAGAAGAGAAGAGUGUGUUUUCAAGAUAUGUUGCCCUGGCAAAAUCAACAGACCUUGGAAGUAGUUUUAGUAUGGCUUUUGGUAAGAGAGUGAGGAAUCCAAAAAAACUCUUAAGAAGUGAACCUGCGGAAUUGGGAAGAUGGUGUUGUCCUCAAUGUUAAUAAGGAAGGUGGAGGAUGAGGGGAUGUUUAAGAGGAAAAUAAGUUUUAUUUUGGACAUAUUAAUAUUUCUACUGUACAUCUAGUGUGAGAUGUCUGAAAGACAGUUGGAAAUGUAAGAUUGGAGGUCAGCAGAAAGAAUUCUGGAUCACAGUAGGUAGAUUUAAGAAAUAGCAACAUAAAGAUGGUAAUUAAAUUUUUGAGAGCUGAUGAUAUCACCUUGUGAAAUAGUAUAGAGGGCGAAGAAAUUAGGGCCCAGACAGAACCUUGGGGGACACCUAUGAUUAGAGGGUGUCAUCUAAAAGAGGAUCUAGUAAAGGAGACAGGAAAAGAACAAUCAGAUAUGUUCGAGGUGAACCAGGAGAGAGUGGUGUCACAUAAACCCAGAGAGAAGAGAGUAUCAGGAAGUGACCAACAGUGUCAAAGAUUGCAGAGAGAGAGGUUAAGGAGAAUGAGGACUGAAAAAAGGUUGUUGAAUUGACUACUAAGAUCAUUUGUAACUUUGGAGAGAGCAGGUUCAGUGGAAUUAAUAAGGCCAGAAGCCAGAUUAUAAGGGUAUAAUAAGAGAAUGAGAGGAGAGAGUGGAGGCACCUAUUUUGAUGGUCUUUUUGAGGAGUUUAGCUACAAAGGGCAGAAGAUAUAUAGUUAACAAUAUAUAAUAAUAUAUAAUAUAAUAAUAAUAAUAGAUAACCGGAUGGAGGGAUCAAGCAAACCUUUUUUUCAGGACUAAGGAGAUAUGGGUAUGUUUAUAGUCAGUGGAAAAUGAGCCAGUAGUAAUAGAGAAAUUGAAAAUGCAUAAAAGAAUGGAAAUGACAGAAGGGGCAAAUUGUUGGAGAAGAUGGGAUGGAAUGAGAUUGCUUAAAGAAAUAAAGGACUUGGUCUUGGCAAAGAAUAAGGCUAUUUCAUUAUGAGGGAGAACAUUGAAGGAAAUAAUGGCAGAAGGCAUUUGAGUCAUCAGGAAGAGGGAGUUCACAGGGAAUGGCCUCAACUUUUUUCUCUAAAAUUCAAGAGGCAAGGUUCUCAGCUGAAAGAGUUGGGGGAAGGGAGCUAUGGAAGUUUGAGGAGUGAAAUGGUUCUAAAAAGCUGCUAUGGAGAGUGGGAUAGUAAGUUGAAGAGGAAGGUGUGGUAGGAUUGUCUAAUAGCAGUGAGGCCCUGAUUGAAACUGGGUUUGAAUCUCUGCUCGUAUACUUACUGUUUGUGUAAUCUUGGACAAAGUUAGGACAUCCUUCUCUGAACCUCACUCUCCUCUUCUGUAAAAUGAAAGGUUGCUUAAUGUCCCUUCUGACACUACUCUGUGGUCCUAAAUAGAAAUGCUUGGAUGAGAAGACAAAGAGGGUAGGAGAGGGAGGGAAGCAUGAUCAUAUCUGAAUGACAUUAUUGCUAACAAGUCCAUCAUCACAAUUUAUGAGCAUUAAACAAAGAUGUCAUGCUGCUAUUGCUUCCUUAAUGGGAAGGGAAAAAAUUGCCUUUUCUUAGCUCCAUUACCAGGCUAUUAAGGCUGUCCACAGGCUCAGAAAGAAGCUAAGGGAACACAGGUAUGAAAAUCCUCAAAAAAAGAGAUCUUUUUAGACCUUUUGAUUUGUAUUUUAAUCAUGAGCCUGCUGCCUCAUUGUUGUCUCCAAGCCUUCCAGAAACAAUGAUAAGAAAAUUCUAUACAAUAGCUUUACAUUUUUUGCAAAGCAUUUUUUAAAAUAAAUUCCUUGAGAGAAAGAUAUUAGCAAUCAGUCCCUCAAUUCCAGUUUGACAGGGUUGCAGAUAGUAGGAAGAGAAAUGCUGUCCAAUGAGACUUGAGUAGAAGUUUUUGUAGGGCUCUAAAGAGAGGAGUUUAUGUUUGAUUCUAACUACCUAAGACAAACUAGAGUUUGUUAUGUAGGGAUGGGGGUGGGGAAGGGGCAUUGAAUGGCUUCUAAGAUCUCUUCCAGCUCUAAAUCUAUAAUACUAUGAUCCUAUGAAACUGAGGCAGGCCCCUGGCUCCCAAAGUUAAUGACUUGGCUACUUCUCUGCAAAGAAAAUUAGGUAAGAAGAUACUGGGUAGAAGUUAUGCAAGAGUGGACACAAACACACACAGAGAGCAAUGAGAAAUAAUUGUGUGAAAUAUAAGCAGAUGAAAUAGGUAAUGUUAAGGGAAGGUUUGAGAAUCAGUUAACAAAUACAAGAUGGAAAAGCCUCAACUACCAUAUGGAAAUCUGGACUUAACUUUGUAUAUGAAGUUUUUCAGCAAAGAAUAUGAAUUAGUGUGUUGUUCUGGUGAUGGUAGCCAGAAUGGAUCAGAACAGGCAAAAAAAUGGAAGUAGUCAAGUUGGGAAGUUUUUGCUACAUUCUAAACCUGGAAUAUUUGGGUACAGAACUAGGGUCUUGGGAAUAAACAUAAAAAGAAAUAGCAUAGUAUAAUAGAAAAAAGUAAAGAGGUAAUGGUUCUGUAGCCUCCUCUGAUACUAGCUUGCUGUUGUGGCCUUUAACACUCCUAUUUUCUCUGAGUUGCAGCUACCUGUUUUGUUUUUGUUUUUUUAAUGGUAGAGAUAAGAAUUAGUCUAGAAAAUUCACAAAAUCCUUUCCAUUUUCAUAUUCUAAUUUAUAGCAUUUUGCAUUGUAAGGUCUAUUCUACCACUUCAGUUUUUUUUCAAGCACAGAAAAUUUCAAAGAUUUGGCAGUAAUUAGUAACUGAAGAUACUGAGAGGCUCUUUUCAGCCUAAAGGACCAGAACAGUGGUGGUAUCAUUAACAGAAAUUAAUAGUAGAAUCUUAGGGAGAGAAAUUCAGUUUUAGAGACAUCGAAUUUGGAUCCUAUUUGUACUAAGAAUCACUGAACUCGGGGAUGAAGAAUGAACCUUAAUUGCUUUCUUGCCUACAACUGAAUCACAUUACCAGCUGAUCCCAUAGCAUGAAAAACAUAAACCGGAAAAAAAAAGAAUAAACGAGUUAGCCUUAAUUAAAUGAAGAAUAAAAGGUAGAUAUAUAUGAGGAAAGUGAUAGAAUUAGGUUUAAUUUUAGAAUAGAGUUGGCAUUUAAAAUAAUUCAUUCCUUAGUUCAAAUCAUAGUUGAUUAACUGUUAGUGACUGAGUAAAAACUUUCCACUAGUCUUAUUUUCCCACACUCCAGACUUGAGACGGGGGAGGAUAAAGAUUUUAUGCCAUGCUGCUCUCUACAGAAAUAAAAAUGAAAAUGCCAAGCUGCCCUUCUCCCACUCGAUUUUAUAUUAAAAUCAAAGAAAUUCAGAAUUGGUAGGGACUUGAGAGACAAUCUAGUCUAUUGGAACAGAACACUCUUAACAUAUAACUUCUACAUGAAGACCUCUAGUAAUUGGAAACUUAAUUUAUCCAAAAGUAGCUAUUAUCACUUAAAGAUGAGUGUAAAUAUUGGGAUUUCCCCCCUUAAUAUUGAACCAAAAAUUAUCGUCUUUCCAUUCCUCCCAUAUUCCUAGUUCUCCCCCUCUGGACAGAAGAACAAAGAUGAACAAAUAUAAUCCUCACAGUGUGAUAUGGAAAUCACUUUAAAAGACUGAUAUAUAUUAAUUUAAGGUCGCCAAGGAAUUCAGCUAUGUAAUUCCUAAAUGAAAACUCAAGUCAGCUGUCAACCUUUUUAUGGUGGUGUAAUUACAAACAGGAGGAAGAAAAGUAUUAGAGGGAGAUGGAGAGAGAGGGAAAAGGGAGAGAAGGAAAUAGGGCUUAAAUACCCACUCUGCUUAGGCUGAGCCAAAGGCCCAAGGCCCUGCAUAGCCGAGGCAAAGAAAGAAAUCAGUCCCUAUCACUCAUGUGACCAAAAUGGAGAAACAGUCUGCAGGCUCCUCCACUCCAAGCACCAGGCUCUAACCACCUCUCUUCCUCCUUACAGGAAGUCCUGAGAACCCCUGAGCUGUCCUCUCCCUCACUUCCUCUCUCUCACAUGUGCCAGUGGUGGCUCUAGCUUGACCUAGGACCGCCCAGAGGUCUAUCCUUUUUGCAAAUGUCUGUUGAAGGCCAUGUUCUCAAAUAAUUAAAUCUUGAGUUUUGCUACAGCCCUUCCUAAUCUUGUUACCCUGAGUAGGGUGGAAAUUGUAGUUUCCUUAAGACCUGAUUCUGUUAUUCCAAGUAUCUCUAUUGUUAUUGAUCAGAAAAUAGCUAAAUCCUAUCUUCUAAAGAAUGGUCUGAAUAGGGUUGAGUAGUUUUGAAAUUCACAACAGUUAGGAUAGUAUAGAUGUGAACAAAACAUUAAAAAGAAAAAUUAGCCAAAAUAGUCAAAAGAAAGACACUUCACAUUCACUUCUUCUGGACUUUUCAAUUAUGAUGCCCACUUAAAAAUUCUCAGGGCAUUCCUGUCACAAAACAUAGCAUUAAAAAUAAAAAUGUAAAUUGACAAACUUUGUUAAUACAAAGGGCAUUGUAUAUCCCAAUUCCUUCCAAAGUAUUCAGAAUUCAACCAGAAAGAUUAAAUUUUGGCUACGGUAACAGUUUGAUUUUCAGAUCAUCACAUUAAAGCAGUUGUUAUUAGUGUGAAUUGAUCUUACAAUUCUGGAAAGCAGUUUAGAAUUAUGCAAAGAAAAUGACUUCAUACAGAGUAUAUCUCAGAAAGGCAAAAAAAAAAAGAAAUUUAAAGAACCAUAUACAUCACAAUUUUAAUAGCAGCCGUCUUUUUUGGAACAACUGAAAUAAGUUGUGUAAUGUGAAUGUGACAAUGCAGGAUACAGCAAGAAGAACUACUCUCUGAUUCUGGAAAUCCAAAAUCCCACUUUUAAUGCAUGUGGUUGUGGGACUCUGGACAAGUCACUUAACCUCUAGGAAACUGACUGAGAUGCUUACAUUUCAGAGAAAGUGCCAGCUAGCACUAAGAGAGUUCUCUGUACCAAACAAUCACAGAUUCGGUUUCUAUUCCCACAUAAAUGGAACAUGACUAUGCUGGGGGAAAAAAUGUGCAUGUGAUUCCUAGAUGUUAGUACUAAGUGGAGCAAGGUUAAAAUAGCUACCAAACUACUCAAGGGAAGUUCGGUUUUCAAAUAAAAUAGCUUUUAAACAGCUUUGCAAAGUAAAAACUAUAUGUAAAAUAUUAUAGAAUCUUAAAAUUGAAGGGUUUUUUAUAGUCCACAACCCACUACCUUAUUCAUUACCACCCCAUGCUAUAUUCCAUCCCCAGCAAGGGUAUAUGUUUAUAUAAAUGUAGCUUUAAAAUAGUGGAGAAAUAAGUUUCACAAGUACAAGAAGAAAUGCAUGACUAAGUAGCAGAUCACUUGAAAUGUGACAGAGUGGCCAGAAAUCCAGGGCAAUCCGAAACUACUCUAAAAGAAGCAUAAUAUCUAGGACUGAGAUGGUGAGUGCCCUGGUCAUAUGUCAUGUUAUCGUCAGUUUUAGACACCAUAUUUUAGGAGAGACAUUGACAAGCUGGAGAGCAUCUAAAGGAACAGUGGCCAGGAUGGUGACAAGAGUUAAGAUGUUGACAUAGAAGAAUCAGUUGGAAAGAAACGGGGAUUAUUAUUAGCCUGGAAAAGACUUUGGAAAAUGGUGGGGAGACUGGUCAUGGGCAUGUGGAAAAGAGAUUAGAUUUUUCUGUUUGGCUCCAGAGCAUAGAACUAGAAGAAAUAGUUGCAAGUUAUACAGUUCCAUAUAAAGAAAAACUUCCUGCCAAUUAGAGUUGUGCAAAAGUAGAAUGAGCUGUCUCAGAAUUAACAAAGGUUUCUGCACACCACUCCACCCUCUACUAGAGGUCUUAAAGUCAAGAUUAAAUAACAACUUAUUAGGGAUGUUGUAGGAGAAAUUCUUUGUCUCUGAAUUUCAACUCUGAGAAAACUUUGUGGAAAACUUUUAAAACAGUCUUAGAUUUAUUUGUGAUAUUUCCUCCAGGAAAGCCCUCAUUGCUUGGGAUGUUAAAAUCUCAUCAAGAAGAAUAUUUGUGAUCUACAGUUUUCAUUACUACAAACAGAUUAAGGGAUUAAAUAAGGCUUUCUUGCCCUCUUUUUAUUUCUUUUCUCAUGAGGUGGAUGUGCAAGACUAGAUUCCUGCUUAGGUCACUUUAAUAACAACAGUUCUUGCCUUAUACUAGUCAUUCUAGUAAAUAAGCCAGAUUUAUACAGUUAUCUACAAAAUUCUGUUCAGCUCAAUCAGCUUUUUUAUUAACUGCUUAUGUGUAAGGCAAAUGAGUAAAAGAGAAGAAACUAAAAGUUGGAGACUUGUAGUGUUUUAGGCAGAAGGUAAUAAAGUCCCAGACUUGGGUCAUUUAUGGUAUAUGAAAAGACAGAAAGUGGCAGAGGAAAUGUUAUGCAGCCAUGAUUGGCAUCUGAUUGGUUUGGGGAUGGGAGUAAAUGAAGAGUUGAAUAUGAUUUUGAUGUUUCAGACUUUGACAACUAAAAAGAUGAUAAUACCUUUGGCAUAAAUAAGAAAGUUUAGGACAAAUGAUAGAAGUUCAGUUUUGGAUUUACCGAUUUUGAAAUGCCUUUGGAAUAUCCAGGGGGAGAGGUAGAUGGUUGGUUAUAUGAGACUAGAACUCAGGGGGGAAAUCGAGACUAAAUGUAUAGAUAUAGAAAUUAUCUGCACAGAGAUCAUUGAACCUAUGGAAUGGAAUGAAAUCAAUAAGAAAAGGUAUAGAGAAAGAAGGGAAGACCCCAGACAGCCUUAUGGGCUACCUACCAGAAAGCAAGGCAUAGAUAAUCCAGCAAAGGUAAUUGAUAUCAGAACAGCCAUACAUAGAAGAUAACUAGGGUAGAGCAAGGAAAGAGUAGAAGGGAGGGAGUAAUCAAUAGUUUCAGAAGUUGACUAGAAUUUGUAUCAAUGGUAAGUUCCUUCUUUUUACUAGUUUAUGUGAAAAAGAUCUGAGUGGACUACAUACUCAAUAUGAGUCAAUAAAUUGACAUAGCAUUCAGAAAAUUUAUUAUGAUCUUAAAUCACCAGAAGCAUAGGGUCUCAAAUUAAUAAGAUGAUUGCUUCUCUGUCCUCUAGUCUGGACAGAUUACAUCUGGAAUAUUGUAUUUACUUUUCAUUGCCCACUUUUAAGAAAGGCCAUUGGCAAAUAAAUAUAAGAAAUAUGCAGUAGUAAAAUGACUCAAUAUCAAGAAAUACUAAGAGCUGAUAAAAAUUAGAAGGAAAGCCUUUGGAGGUGGGGACUUGACGGGGAUGUCCCAUCAGUGGAAGUCUUCAAGCUAAAACAAGAUGCCAGCUAAGGUGGUAUAGAAGGUAUUCUGCUCAGAUACAGGUCAAACUAAAUGAUCUCUAAGGUAACUUCCAACAGAGUUUAUAUAGUUAGGUCUUUGAGCUUCUUUCCCUCUUGAAUGAGAUUUGUUUUUGUAUUCAAUUCUGUGUGUGUCUGUGUGUAUAUUCCCACCUUUGUCCAGUUCAGAUGACAGUAAAGUUAGCUGCUCCCCCACAUCCCCUCCUCCUUGUUUGUAGAGAUAUCUAUUUGUAUACCCAAAUUAUGUUAAAUUAUUUCCCCAUACUUUCCUUUUCCUUCCCCAAGCCCCCUAAUGUAUUACUCUUCUUCUGUCUUUCCAUUCUUCUUUUAAGGUCAUCUUUUAUAUCAUUAGUUAUUCUGAGUAGUGCUCCAUAGACUUUACCAGACUGCCAGAAAGGGCCAGGUCACAAAAACGAUUAACCCCUUAUAAAGGAUGAUGAGUUUGUCUGUAUUAUAAAUAUUAAUGAGUUGGCCUAACUUUUUAGUCUUAAGUAAAUUUUUCUUGAUAAAUCUGCUACAAGAGUUAUGAGUUAUAUAAUUUCUACAUGUAUUCAAGGACAUUUUACCUAUAACUCCACUUAGUGUUCUCAUUAUUAAAGAAGAGAUACUUGAUUUCUUCAGCCCAGGGACUUCUUCAACCAAUACAGAUCUCACUUCUUCCAUAUUCAAGUAGGCAGUUCUUGAUGAAUUGCUGUGAGAUACAAGAAAUAAAACAUCUGAUAAUGAACCUCUUGACCCCCUCUAGGAGUCAAGGAUGAUCUUUGGAUGAGAGGCAAUAUAGUUAAUACCCUUCUGUCAUCAUAGUCAUUUCAACUUGGCAUAGUUGAGAACACAAGGUCACCUUUAUACCACAAAAAGGUAUUGAACGUAGAUAUCAGUUGAGAAACUUCAUUUUGUAACCUAAACAGAAGAGCUAAGGCAUUUAAUGCCCAUAGAAGUAAUUCAUUAAUAUCCCUACUACUCUAAAAUAUUGUAGGGAACAUAGUUUAUGUUCCUGUUCCUCUUCACUUGGUUCUUAAAUUUCAUUCUUAUGAGAAUGCCACUUUGGCCACUUCUACCUCAGGGAGCUUCUCUUACAGAAACACUUCCUGACCCCUGGGUGGGCCUCCUGGAACAGAUUUCUUCAGAAAAGAGGAAUCAGAAGUGGCAAAGACAGGAAAAAGUUGACAGUGAAGUUAGUAUUUAUGCCUUAUCUAUACAUGAUGUGGGACAGUUUUGCCAAACACUGAAUAAUUUUCCUGUGGGAAACUUGAGCCCUAAAAGGAAAUGAACAUAGCUAACUAGAGGUCUGCAUAUCACAAGGGGCUUGUGUCUAAUUUUAGCCUAGCCCUAUAAUGCCAUAUUUGGAUAGAAAUUAUUAUAGAUAUCAGGGCACACUUUUUUUUCAAUAAAUGACUGUCAUUUCUGAAGAUAUCAAUCUAAAUUGUUAACAUGUGCUUUAUUUUCUCAGUUCAGCAUAUGUAAUACUGCUUGUGUAAAUAGAAAUCCUUAACAUAGUUUUAAAAACACUCAUAAGGCUAAGAAGUAAUAGGCAUAUUUCAGGAACAUGCAGUGCAUAUUUAUGGUUGUUGAGGUUCUUUUUGGAUUGAAAAUAAAAUGCCAGGCUCCAGUUUUGGUACAUAGCUUGGGGGGUCCUUUAUAGCUUUUUGCUGUUUCUGGUCAGUUUGGUAUUUUUUGGGUGGAGAGAAAACAAAAAAUCUUGGUGGUUUUGUUUUUUCAUUGAAAAGAACACAAUGCUCCAGAAAUCCAUUUGUAAUUUUAUAACACAGAAAGAAAUAAUGUUGAAAUAUUAGUCACUGAAGAAUAGUCAUAUCAAGUAGAAUAUGAAACAAUGUGGCAUAGUGGAAGGAGCACUAGAUGUUAGUCAGAAAACCUGGGUUUUGAUAUUUGCUACUUACCUGCCAUAUGAACAUACAGAAGUAACUUAACCUCCCUGCCAAAUGGUGGUGUUUAUGAAGGAAAAACUUCACAAAUAUGAAGGACUAGAAAGGAGUAAGCUUUUUUGGUUUGAUUUCACAAUGUUGUUUGCCUGAUUUCCUUUUCUUGCUUUGAUUCCUAUUGGGCUAAAAUGGAGUAUAUAAUACUUUCUCACAAUGGGUUUUUUCAUUUUUGCCUUUUUUUUCUCUGGCAACUAGUGUGGCACCUGACACAUAGUAUGUACUUAAUCAAUUUUUGUUGAUUUGGUAGAGUAUCUUAGGUCUAGGGAUGAAACAAACCUUCUUUUACAGAUGAGGAAACCGAGCCUGGGGGGGGGAAAUUAAGUAAAUUGCUUUAAGUCCCCAAGAUAACAAGAAACAAAGACAAGAUUCAGGUUCAGGGUGUGUCUCAAAAUUUUGCUCUGUUUCCACUAUACCAUGCUGUUCUCUAAGCAAUGAUGGUAAUAGCUACCAUUAAAAAAAAUAUGAUAUUGAUGCCUUUUGUCUUUAUAUCAUCUUCUGUCAAAGAGGAACAUUUUUUCUUCCCCUCAUGAUUGAAUCCUUCCUUGUAAUAACAUCUAUAUCUAUAUCUAUAUCUAUCUAUAUAUAUAUAUAUAUAUAUGUAUGUAUGUAUACGCAUAUACAUCCAUUCAUCUACAACAAUGAUCACUUUCCAGUUCUUCCUUUGUAGUCUCCUGUUCUCUCCUGAGGGCAGGGAAGGCAGCAUGUUUCAUCAUCCCUUCUCUAAGAAGACCAUCACUGGUUUUUUCAUUUAUGCAGCAUUCUGAUUCCUCUUUUUUGAUGGAUUCAUCUAUCUUGUCACUGCAUACAUUUUUAUUUUGUUUCCGCUUGUACUUUGCUUCUGUUCAUACAUCUCUCUCUCAAUUCCUCAUGUUCUUUAUCUAUUAAUAGGUUUGACCCAUUACUUUCAUUGUAUUUUGGGCUAUUUGCCAGUUGAUGGUCACCUAUUUUGUUUCAGGCCCUUUAACUAAUCUCCCUUGCUUAUGCACUCUCAGGUUAACAAAGUGCUAAUCUCACAGGACAGGUUUCUUGAGGCAAGCACUGUAGGUGAGGAAACUGAGUCUUAAAGAAGAAGUAACUUGGUCAUGUUUCCCUGGCUAGUGAAUAUCCAAAGUAGCCCUGCAGCCCAUUGCUCUCUACUAUACAAUUUUGUCUGUAGUCAGUAUCUGCAUUGAACAUGAUCUAAAUGGUUACCACUAUAUAAAAAGUGAUGCCUUGUAACAGAAUUAAAAACGGAAUAUUAGAAUAUAUGAAGGAAAAUCCUCCUUAAGCCUCCCUGUCCCCAGAGGUUAGAAUGCUGGACUUGCAGGCUCUGACCAGAACUGGCGAGGUGACAGCCUCAUACCUUACUUGCAUAACUUACAGAGCUUGGACCAGGGAAGUAGAGUUCUAACUUUGUCCUGAAUUAGACCACUUUGGAGGGGCUAAAACCUAUCAGGUCCGAACCAAUCCUGUAGUCUUGGAAUAACACAGUACUCAAUACAGCAAUUUCAAGAUUAGUCUAGACAUUCCCUCCAAAGAGCACAGAUCCAGGUCCUAACAUAAAGUCCAAAGUAAGGAAAUGGGCUAGGAGAAUAAGCAAACAGAAAAAGAAUCUCACCAUAAAAAGCUUUCAUGGUGAUAGAGAUGCUCAAGACACAAACUCUGAAGAGAAUAACCCAAAACAUUUCCAAGCAAAGCCUCAGGGGAAAAAAAAAAGCAUGGGCACAAAUUCUAUUGGAAUUCCCAGAAGAGCUAAAGCAAGAAUUUUUUUAAUAGUUUAAAAUUUUUUUACAAAUAUGAGAGUACUGGAAUAAAAAGUUUGAAAAAGAAAUGAAAACUAUUGAAUAAAAGAAUUGGAGAGGGAAUUAUCAAUUCAGCACAAGAAGCACAUAACUUUGUCCAAUAAACUCCCUGAAAAUUAAUAUGGACCAAAGAGAAUCUAAUGACCCCAGGUGACAAUAAUAAAUAUUAAAACCAAAUCAGAAGACUUUCAAAAAAAUAACUUGCAACAAAAACAACUGACCUGAAAAUUAGACAGGAGAGAUAUUCUGGAGAACAAUUUGGAACUAUGUCCAAAGAACUAUAAAACUGUUCAUACAUGCCCUUAAGACCCAACAGUGCUUUACUAGUUCUGUAUCCCAAAGACAUCAAAGAAAGGGGGAAAGGACCUUUUGGUACAAAAAUAUUUAUAGUAGCUCUUUUUGUCGUGGCAAAGAAUUGGAAAUUAUGAGGAUGUUCCACAAUUAGGGAAUGACUGAACAAGUAUGAUGAUGAUGGGAUACUAUUGUGUUAUAUGAAAUGACAAGCAGGAUGGUUUCAGAAAAACCUUAGAAGACUAGGAGAACAUUGUAUACAGGAACAGCAAUAUUGGAACAAUAGUCAACUGUGAAAGAUUUAACUGCUCUUACCAAGACAGUAAUCCAAGAUAAUUCCAAAUGACCCAUGAUGAAAAAUGCUCUCUACCUUACUGAUGAACUCUGAAUACAGACUUUUUUUUUAACUUUAUUUUUCCUGGGAUUUUUUUGUGAAUUAAAGAAUUACUGGACUACACAAAAGCAAUGAUCAAGAAAAGGCACCUCAACCUCCUAUUUCAAGAAAUCACAAAACUACCCGAAUCUCUUAUAACCAGAAGGAAAAUUAGAAAAAGGAAUAAUCCAUCAGUCACCUCUUGAAAGAAAACCCCAAAUGAAAACUCCCAGAAACAUUAUAACUAAAAUUCAUAGCUUCCAGGUCAAAGAAAAAAUGCUACAAACAACUAGGAAGACUUUUAAGUACUUAGGAGCCAUAGUCAGGAUUACCUGUGAUUUGCCAGCCACCACAGUAAAAGAGUAGAGAGCUUGGAAUGCAAUGUUCCAGAAGGCCAAAAAAAAAAAAUCUAACAGUGAAGAAUCUUGUCUUAUAGGAAAUGGGGUAGGGGUGGGGGGUUUGGACAUGGUCAAUUUGGAGAUUCUUUUGCUUGGCUAUAUAUGUUUCUAACAGGAGUUUUGUUUUAUUCUUAAUGGGGGGGGCAAAUUUUUGUUGAUUGAAAAAAAUAAAAUUUAGUUUAAAAAAUAAGAAGUCAGUGGUGCCAGUGAGCAUCCAACACUCACUGAGCCUUUACCAGGACCUGUGUGGAUUUAGAGAACUUUGACUUUGUUGAUAUAACAGUAACAGAGGAAUGGAAGACUUGGUGAAAGAAGAUAACCGAGGGUAGAGCAAAAGAGUUUUUCCUCACUAUAUAAUGGCUGUAUGGAAUUUUAUCAUGGAAUGACAUAUACCAUUCAAAUCAAAGACCCAGAUAUUCUCAGGAAAUCCUACAUAUGGAAUGCACAAAGCCAUAUUUUACUUGUUGGAGGGAUUCUUGUUUAGGUUUUUUUCCAAGUCUGAGAUUCUGUGAUUCUGACACAAAGGUUUAAGAACUCAGUUUAAAAUAAUUCAGGUUUGGGGACAGCUAGGUGGCUCAGUAAAUGACAACCAAGCCUAAAGAUGGGAGGUCCUGAGUUCAAAUCUCAAAUACUACUUAGCUGUGUGACUUGAAUAAGUCACUUAAUCCUCAUUGCCUAGUCGUUACCCCUCUUUUGCCUUUGAGCCAAUACACAGUAUUGAUUCUCCUUUUUAAAAAAAAAAUAUUUUUAUUUCAAAUUACAUGUUAUAACAAAUUUCCAUAUAAGUUUUCCUAAGUUAUAUGAUUGACCUUAUCUCCCUCUCUCCCUUCCCUUACCCUUCCCAGUGUUGGCAAGCAAUUUAAUCUGGUUUAUAUAUGUAUUAUCAUGUAAAACCUAUUUCCAUAUUGUUCAUUUUUGUAAGAGUAAUCUUAUAAAACCAAAACCCAAAACAUAAAUCCAAAUAAACAAUUGAAAAAUCACGUGCUUUCAUCUGCAUUCUGUCUGACUCCAGUAAUUCUUUCUCUGAAGAUGGGAUAGCAUUUUUCGUCAAAAAUCUCACAUAAUUUUCCUGGAUCAUUGCAUUGCCAAUAAGAGCUAAGUCUAUCACAGAUGAUCAUUCCACAAUGUUGUUGUUACUGUGUACAAUGUUUUUCUGAUUCUGCUUAUUUCACUCUGCAUCAGUUCACAUAGGUCUUUCUGUCUUUUUCUGAAAUCAUCCUGUUCAUCAUUCCUUACAGCACAAUAGUAUUUCAUCACCUUGAUAUACCACAAUUUGUUUAGCCAUUCCCCAAUUGAUGGACAUCCCCUUAAUUUCCAAUUCUUUGCCACCACAAAAAGAGCAGCUAUAAGUAUUUUUGUACAAGUAACUCUUUCCCUCUUUUUUUUUUAUCUCCUUAGGAUACAGAGCUAAUAAUGAUAUUACUGUAGCAAAAGGUAUGCAUACUUUUAUAGCUCCACCGAUGAUGCACUAGUGUCCCAAUUUUGCCACAUCCCCUCCAACAUUUAUCAUUUUCUUUAUCUGAAAACUGCCUAUUCGUAUCUUUGACCAUUUGUAAAUUGGGGAAUGACUUGUAUUCUUAGAAAUUUUAUUUAAUUCUUUACUUAGUUGAAAAAUGAGACCUAUAUCACAGGAAUAAAUCCCCCCCCCCCUCCAGUUUGUUGUUUCCUUUCUAAUCUUGGCUUCAGCGCUUUUCUUACAUAAUAUUGAUUCUAAGAGAUAAGGUAUGAAUUUAAAAUGUUUAUUUUAAAAAUUAUAGCAAUUCAUGCUUUCCUAAAUCUUAGUCAGGCAUUUUCUAUUCACUAUACCACCUAUCUACCCUUUUAAAAAUGUAUAAAUAUAUUUAAUCUAAAUCAAAUUCGGUGUCUAAGUUCUUGAUAUGACUUAUAGUGAGAAGAUUCAGUGUUGAAUUUCAGCUCUGCCAUCUGUCUUAUGGCAUUGAGCAGCUCAGUUAACCUCAUUUAGCCUCAGUUUUCUUCAACUAGGAUCAUAGCAUUUAUAUUGCCUAACUCACAAUAUCAGGUAUCAGAAGGUACAUAAGCAACCAUCUUGUCCUACGUAAUCCUGAACUUCACAGAAAUGUCAUGAAAUUGUCAAUACUUUACAAACUAUAACUGGGUAUAGAAACUAAUUUCAAGCUCUUUAUGGACAAGGAGCUACAUAUAUAUAUAUAUAUAUCUAUAUGUAUGUAUAUAUAUAUUGUUUAUUGUAUUUAUAUAACACUGUUCAUUGAAGUAGAGCAAACCACUGAAAAAUAAAAUGGAAAUAGAUCUUUUCAUAGAACAUAAUAGAAUGUGGAAUGUUAGAGUUGGGAAAAACUUAAGAAUGUAACCAAAAAGGACCCAGCCAGAGUAAUAGUACAACUGCAGGGGACUUCAGAAUAGAAUGUUACUACAUCAAAUCAAUAAGUAACUUUAAAAGAAAGCCCUGAAGUUUUAGAUGAGAAAACUGAAGCACAGAGAAGUGUAGUGAUUUAUACAAGGUCACACAGGGAGUAAGAAGAACUGGCACAGAACUCAGAUCUUUUGACUGUAGUCUAGUACUCUGUCCACUUAUGUUUGUUGCCUCUCUCUUAAAAGAAUGUUUCAGUUCAGAAGUUCAUUCACUGCCUAAUAAGCAUACUUUUAUAAAUCUGAUUCUGUUUUUUUCUUUGUUUUAAUGUUUUGUUUUUAUUUCACCUUAUUUGUGAGUUUUUAAAAUAUAAACUCUAAAAGCAUCUAUGGUAAGAUAUAUCUCUAUUUUAUAGAGCAAAGAAGGAAAACCAUCUUAGGGUUCAGCAUGAUUUGAUUUUCUUUUUAUUAUUACAUAACCAUAUUGAAUGCAUAUAUAUAUAUAUAUAUAUAUAUAUAUGAAUCAUAAAAAAUAUGGUCUCUAUCAUUUCAGUCACAGGCUGUUCAAGAAGCACCAUUCUUUUCCAGACUGGUUUAUUUCUCAUGGCACUCCUCUACUGCCUUUUCUUUUAGUCUUACUUUCUUUUUCUUCCUGCCAUUCUUAGCUUUCUGUUUUUCAGCCUGAGUUUAUGGAAGGGUGUGUAUUCAAAAGGGUUUCCUCCUGUUCCCAGUGCCCUGCUAAUGCUGAGAAGUUAUCCAACAGGCCAAUUCUCACAGUAAGGGAUAAAAAUAGUCCACAAGAAAAAAAGGUUACACAAUGUAGGGCUGCAGGGGUUUGUACUAACCAGGCAUCUUUCAAAGCCAGGAUUAAGAGAAGAAAAAACAUGGUUCCAACAUUAUUAUUUCCUUAGAUUUUUCCCUGCACAAAUUGUUUACCAGCAGCCUCAACAGAUGUGAAGUAUAGCACCAGGAAACAAGCAAACUUCUCUGUUCCUUUGGUCACACACACUAAAGAAACAUCAGCAACAGGGCACAGUAAAAAUAAAUGACUAGAAAUUAAACAGUAUGAAAAGAGCAAAGCCUUAUUGGUUGAACUUGUAGUUUCAGUUGCCCUUCCUCUGUAGACACUUUUAUUUUUAACUUCCUUGAUAGCUGAAAUAUACUUUUUUCUUUAGAAUAUUUUUCUAUUAUACUCUUAAGCUAUAAAUUCCUUGUGGAUGGGGGCUAUAUAGAAAGACUAUAUAUCAUGACAUGAACUAUUGGAGGUAAAAGGGACUUUGGAGAAUCCUGGUAUUUUCCAGAGGGUGUAACGGAGGCCCAGUAGUAAAGUUCCUAACUCAAAGAGAUUGUGUCCUUAUUUAUAUUUCACACAUUUUCACAACUAUUUGUUAUUCAUGUUCAGUGUGCCAGACCAUAGGCUAGACCAGAGAUAAAACUAACUAAACUGUCUAGGCAUUCACCUGUCAGAGGAAACAUGUACACUGAUAAGUAAAUAAUAAAGAUAAUUGUAGAUGGGGGAGUGAAGCACUAGUACCAGUAAAGGCAAGGGGUGGGGGGGAAUAUAGUCAAGAAAGUCUCACAUGGGCAGUGGCACUAGAAGAGGUAGAAGUGAUAAGAAGGUAAAAAGGAACAGAACUUGGGUGGUGGCCAUAUGAGUAGGGAAAAGGAAACAAAUGGGAACAUUUAGAGAUAGAUUUGACCAUGUUUGACAGGUGACUGGAAG